UUUUCCCUAUUUUGUCACACUGUUCUCUCAUUCUCUCUUUGUAUGUGAGAACUGAAAAGUGAGAACAAUGGGAGCUAGAUCAGCUUUCAACUGGUUUCUGCUUUACAUGGUUUUCUUGUCUCCAUGUCUUCAGCUGACACAGUGCAAUGUUACCUAUGAUAGGGAGGCUCUUCUCGUCAAUGGACAGAGGAGAAUUCUCUUUUCUGGUUCCAUACACUAUCCUAGGAGUACUCCUGAGAUGUGGGAAGAUCUUAUACAGAAGGCAAAAGAUGGUGGCUUGGAUGUCAUAGACACCUAUGUGUUUUGGAAUCUUCAUGAGCCUUCUCCGGGAAAUUACACUUUUGAGGAGAGGUAUGAUUUGGUUCGGUUCAUAAAGCUGGUUCAAACAGCAGGGCUCUAUGUGCAUCUUCGCAUUGGACCUUAUAUAUGUGCAGAAUGGAAUUUUGGGGGGUUUCCAGUUUGGCUCAAGUAUGUUCCAGGCAUUAGCUUCAGAACAAAUAAUGAGCCUUUCAAGGCAGCAAUGCAGACGUUUACUCAGAAAAUUGUCCAAUUGAUGAAGGAUGAGGAAUUAUUUGAGUUUCAAGGUGGUCCCAUUAUCCUUUCUCAGAUUGAGAAUGAGUACGAGCACUUGAGCAAGGCUUUUGGGGAAGCCGGUCAUGCAUACAUGACAUGGGCUGCAGAGAUGGCUGUUGGAAUGGAUACUGGGGUCCCAUGGGUCAUGUGCAAGGAAGAUGAUGCCCCAGACCCUGUGAUAAACACUUGCAAUGGGUUUUAUUGUGACAAUUUUUCUCCAAACAAACCAUACAAGCCCACGAUCUGGACUGAGGCUUGGACUGGCUGGUUUACACAAUUUGGUGGCCCAAAUUACAAGCGACCUGUUGAAGAUUUAGCAUUUGCAGUUGCUCGAUUUGUUCAGAACGGAGGCUCCUUCAUAAACUAUUACAUGUACCAUGGAGGAACUAACUUUGGAAGAACUGCUGGAGGCCCUUUUAUUAUUACCAGCUAUGACUACGAUGCCCCCAUUGAUGAAUAUGGCUUGAUCAGGCAACCCAAGUAUGGUCACUUAAUGGAACUCCAUAAAGCUGUUAAGUUAUGUGAGAAAGCUCUGCUAAAUGCUGAUCCGACUGUUACAUCCUUAGGGAGAUAUCAACAGUCACAUGUAUUCUCUUCAAAGCCAGGAGGUUGUGCAGCAUUUCUCUCAAACUACAAUGCAAACUCAGCUGCAACGGUGACUUUCAAUGACCGAAACUAUGAGCUCCCUGCUUGGUCUAUCAGCGUCCUUCCAGACUGCGAAAAUGUUGUAUUCAACACUGCCAAAGUAAAUGAAAUAAACAAUGGUCUCUCUGCAAUGCUUAUUUACUAUUUUCCACAAAAUUUGUCUGACAUCAAAGUGGGAGUUCAGACAUCCCAAAAACAAUUUUUUCCCACCAACUCUGAGUUGUGGUCAUGGGAAACCUUCAGUGAAGACAUUGCUUCAUGGACUGGUGAUACAACUCUCACAGUCAUUGGUUUCUUAGAUCAGUUGAACAUCACUAGAGACUCCAGUGAUUAUCUAUGGUACACCACCAGUGUCGACAUAAGUCCAUCUGAAUCAUUUCUGCGUAGAGGUAAGCAUCCAAUUCUCACCGUGCAGUCUGCUGGGAACGCUAUGCAUGUCUUUAUCAAUGACCAGCUCUCAGGAUCAACUUAUGGGACUCUGCAAGACCAGAGAUUCACUUUUACAGGAGAUGUAAACAUGCAUGCUGGUGUGAAUAAAAUUUCACUUCUAAGUGUGGCUGUUGGAUUACCGAACAAUGGUCCUCACUUUGAGACAUGGAGCUUGGGAGUACUAGGACCAGUUGUUCUACAAGGAUUGGAUCAAGGAAGCAGAGAUUUAUCAGGGCAGACAUGGUCAUACAAGGUUGGGCUAAAAGGAGAAUCCAUGAAUCUCAGUUCUCCAACUUCCACCUCUGCAAUGAAUUGGACGAGGGUGUUUAUAGGGACACAGAAUCAACAGCCACUGACUUGGUAUAAGUGCUACUUGAACCCUCAGGCCAAUUUUGAUACACCUGAAGGGGAUGAGCCUUUGGCUUUGGACAUGGGGAGCAUGGGGAAGGGUCAAGUAUGGAUCAAUGGGGAGAGUAUUGGAAGAUACUGGACUAUUCAUGCUAAUGGUAACUGCAGCGCGUGCAGUUAUUUUGGUACAUUCAGGAUUAACAAGUGCCAAUUUGGUUGUCUCCAACCAACUCAACAAUGGUAUCAUGUUCCUCGGUCUUGGCUCAAGCCAUCUCAAAAUCUGUUGGUUGUUUUUGAGGAGCUUGCUGGCGAUGUUUCAAAGAUUGAUCUUGUGAAAACAUCCGUGAGGACCAUCUGUGCCGAGAUUUCUGAAAGUCACCCACUAGUUAGGGAAUUGGACACCAAGAGCCAAGGCAAAUUGAAAGAGCAAAAGAAGCCUAAACUUAGCCUAGAGUGUACAAAUGGGCACUCUAUUUCUGCUAUUAAAUUUUCAAGCUUCGGUACUCCAUCCGGAAGCUGUGGGAACUAUAAACAUUGUACCUGUCACGCUCCAAACUCUACCCCUGUGCUAAAUAAGAGGUGCGUAGGUAAGCAAAAGUGUUCAGUGACCGUAUCGAAUGCAAACUUUGGCAUGGACCCUUGCCCAGGCACAGUGAAAAAAUUAUCUGUGGAAGCUAUUUGUGCCCCUAUAACUACAUAAAUUGCCAGACCCAAUUUAAUGGUUUAAGGGAUCAAAGACCUUUCAACAAUUGUAUCAGUAAUAAAGCAGUGAGCUAGCGGCAAUGUAAAGUGGAACAUGUAUUUUUAUGGAAAUGCCAGUAUUGAUCUAUUUGUCUUU